UUCCCUCGGUUCAGGGCUUCGUUCGCGCCGUUCUGAUUUUUCUCAGCUCCAUCAUCCAGUAAGCGCCUCCGAGACGAAAAUGGUGAAGGGCCGCCAAGGAGAGCGUGUCAGACUGUACGUAAGAGGGACAAUCCUUGGAUACAAGAGGUCUAAGUCAAACCAGUAUCCUAACACCUCUCUUAUUCAAAUUGAGGGAGUGAACACCAAGGAAGAAGUAGCAUGGUAUUGUGGCAAGCGAAUGGCAUAUAUUUACAAGGCCAAGGUUAAGAAGAAUGGAACCCAUUACCGCUGUAUUUGGGGUAAGGUUACCAGGCCUCACGGUAACAGUGGUGUUGUCCGAGCAAAGUUCAAAUCAAACCUUCCACCCAGAUCAAUGGGAGCCAGGGUUAGAGUAUUUAUGUACCCAAGCAAUAUAUAAGGUUCACUGGAUAUGUUGCUCCGUAGAAUUUCUUGUUGACAAUUAGCACAUCGAGUUUUGUUCUUUUUGUGAGCUAAAUUUGUCUGUCCUUUGUACUUUGGAGCACAAUUAAAUUUUGUUAAGAUGGUUAUCAUCUGUGUUGGCUGUGUUCUUAAUGAAUAUUAUAUAUCCGUUGUUG